AUGAAUCUGUACUCAGUUUCGAUUCCUUUGCUGUGUUUCUGUUUCCUCAUCACAUUCAGAAACAGUGGUAAUAACCCAACAACACAUGUAACAGGAGACCUUUCGGUCAGCUGUGGCUCGACCGGCAAAUCUACAGCACUCGACGGCCAAGAAUGGAUUGGGGAUGUAAUAAACCCGAAAUCCACUUCAUAUGUACAGAUCAAAGGCUCAUCAGCAAUCUCAACGGCUAACAAUCGGUUGAUAUCCGGAGAUGAAGUUCUCCACAGGACAGCUAGAAUUUCUCGUUCGAUAUUCUCUUACACGUUCCGAGUCGGCCCAGGUCAGAAAAUCCUUCGCCUUCACUUCUAUUCGGCCCCAUACAAAAGUUUCAAAGGUUUGAAAGACUUGUUCACUGUCCAAGCUGGUCCUUUUACUUUGCUCGGCAACUUUAGUGCUUCACUUACUGCGGAUGCUCUCGGCUUGAAAUCUUUUACGAAAGAGUUCUGUUUGAGCGUACAGGAAAAUGAACAAUUUACCGUAACUUUUAUACCUGAGACUAGCCAAUCACUUGACGCGUACGCUUUCGUAAACGGCAUCGAGAUUAUCUCCGUACCUGCUAAUGUUCCUUACUUUCAAGGUUUCGACAAUGGAGUUCAAGUAGUUGGUCAAAAGUCAACAGUCUACGUUGGUCACCACACGGCACUUGAACUAAUCCAUCGAUCAAUUAUUACGCAAAGUUACGGUCAGUCAGAAUAUUCUGGCGGCACCUUACCAUUGUGGGCUGUACGAAAAGCAAAGCAGGUAGCGAACAAAACCUGGAGAGUACCAGUGGAUGUGGGGUUCAAGUACUUGAUCAGGCUACAAUUCUCGGAGAUUGGACUCAAGAUCUCCGGCACUCGUGAUGUGAAGUUUAGAGUACUUAUCAACGGCAUGAUUGCGCGCACUAAUAUCGACCUGGUAAAAGAAAUUUCACCCGGUGAAAGUAAAAACAUUCCCUGGUAUUAUGAGGACUACUUGGUGACAAUUAGAGGGCGUAAAGAGGAAGGCAAACGUGAUCUCUCGAUUUCUUUGCAUUCACACGAUGAGCUCAUGGAUGGGCUUCAACUCCUUUCUGCAUUCGAAAUAUUCAAGCUGAGCAACCCUGACAAUAGUCUUGCCAGUCCAAACUCCUUGCCUCCACCAGCAAAGCCCUUUCUAAUCUUUUUCUCAAAUCGAACUGCAUUUUCUUUUGUUGCAACAAUGUUACUAUGCCUGUUGAGCAUCACUGUUCAUAAGCUCCGUGAGUAUUCGGAAGCUGAGCUUACCGAGGCACCGGAGAAAAAAAACAAGCCAUCCGCCAGGGCCGAACGUCUCUGCCGCCGCUUUUCACUCGUGGAGAUCCAAUCUGCCACUAGAAACUUCAACGACGGGCUUUUAAUCGGAAGUGGCGGAUUCGGUAAAGUCUACAAAGGCCUCAUCGACAGAGGACAGAAAACCGUUGCCAUCAAGCGGCUAAAAUCGAACUCCACACAGGGGGCUCGCGAGUUUCUUAUGGAGAUCGAGACGUUGUCCGAGCUUCGGCACGUGAAUCUAGUUUCUCUAAUCGGUUAUUGCAAUGAAAACAGGGAGAUGAUCCUUGUGUACGACUAUAUGUCCGGCGGGACACUCGCCGACCAUCUCUACAAACUUUGGAGGACAAACGAUAGUUUUUCUAAGCUAAAUUGGAAACAGCGUCUCGCUAUUUGCAUUGGGGCAGCUCGCGGGCUGGACUAUCUCCACACGGGCUGUAGAAUCAUACAUCGGGACGUGAAAAGCUCGAACAUCCUUCUGGACGAAGAUUUCGCAGCUAAGGUUUCUGAUUUCGGUUUGGCAAAACAUGUGGAGAGUAACAAGUUGCAGAGUCACAUCAGUACGCAGGUGAAGGGCACAAGAGGGUACAUGGACCCGCAUUACUUCCGCACGCGUAAACUGACGAUGAGCACCGAUACGUACGCUUUUGGUGUGGUUCUUUUUGAAACGCUUUGCGGACGGGCGGCGGUGGAUUUGAAUGUGGCGGAGGAGGAGCACAUUCUGACUGUAUGGGCCCGUGAUAAAAUAAGUAAAGGAGAGGUUGAUCGGAUUGUGGAUUCGAGUUUGAGAGUGGAAAUUUUAAAAGGUAGCCUUAAGACUUUUGCUGGGAUUGCCGAAAGAUGCUUGCACGAGGACCCAAAAAGCAGGCCAUCAAUGUCUCAGGUCGUGCAGCAGCUUAAGCUUGCACUCGACCAACAGAACAAUGGAUUAGUUUCGGUUACGAAUGAGGUAAGGAGUGAUUUUGAUGAAAUUCACACUAUUAAUGAUGAAAUCGAGGUCCCCACAAAGGCUUCCACAUACAUGCCGACAUCUCCACCGCAUUUAAAUAGAGAUGGAAAUAAACGUACAGGUCAUAAGCAGUCACGAGUUUGGCCAUGGGCUGCGUUUUUUAGCCGAGCCAUAGCACCUAGGAGAAACGAUUUGCUGCAAGAAAUUGAGGAAGCAAACCUACGGUUGCUCAAGUUCGAUUGGGACACAAUUGUAGCUGCUACGAAUGUAUUCUCCUCGUCCAACAAAGUUGGUCAUGACAGUUUCGGUCCUGUUUACAAGGGUGUCUUACCUACUACACGGCAGUUGGUUGCAAUUAAAAUAUUUUCGCCAUCUUCUAGCCGAGGCCAGAAUGAAUACAUAAAUGAGAUACGCCUGCUUCCCAGUCUCCAGCACCAGAACAUCAUCAAGCUGCUCGGCUAUUGCAUCCAUAGAGAGGAAAAGCUGAUUGUGUACGAGUUCAUGGAGAACAGAAGUCUACAGACUUUUAUUGGCGGCAACGAACGACGACGCCAGCUUCUUACAUGGCCAGUUCGGUUUGAAAUCAUUAAAGGGAUUGCUCGAGGAGUUGUUUAUCUACAUCAGGACUCGGGACUCUCAGUCAUUCACAGAAAUCUCGGUGUACAGAGUAUUUUACUGGACAGCAAGAUGAUUCCAAAAAUUUCGAAUUUCACAUUUUAUAGGAGUAUGGGAGAAAUUCAUUUAGAAAUGGAAACCUCGAAAGUAGCUGGAACCUGUAGUUACAUGUGUCCAGAAUUAGUUAUGCAUGGGAUAGUAUCGGUUAAAACGGAUGUGUACAGCUUUGGGAUCGUAGCCCUGGAGGUCUUGUGUGGCAGGAAGAUGGGUGCAACAACGUUCCUACUUGACAAUGGGUGGAAGCUGUGGAAGGAAGGGAAAGCAUUAGAUUUGGUCGACGAUUCACUUGGAGGUGCAUUUGAAGCAGAAGAAGCUCUUAGAUGCAUUCAAGUCGGGCUUUUAUGUAUUGAAGAGCAACCACACCAUCGACCAACAAUGUACUCCGUGCUUAAAAUGUUGGACGGUCACGAGCCACUGGUGAACCCACAACAGCCAUUUCCACUAGCAUUAGCUGGAAAUUUAUCUUCAGCACGGGGAUCUUUAUGUAGUGAUGCGACAUUUGAAAUCAAUGACGUACUGGAAAGAUAG